GUGCGACAUAUUGUCGAUGGUACAGAAACAGACGAAGAUGGUAGUUUCUUGGUGGAGGGUGAAGACCGUGACCAUACGCUGCCGUUCGAGCCGGUUAUCGUUAUCUACCACCAGUGUGGACAAUCAUCACGAAAGACCGUCGAUUACACUUCGUUUGCAGUUGAUAGCGGUAGAGCGAAACUAGAAGAGCCAAUCUUGCAAAUAUCGCAUCAGUGUGAUAUGUCCGUAGAUGACAUAUCAAAGGGCCACUAUCGACAAUUUUUGAUCAAGGUACCAUUCUAUUAUUACAACGUUGGACGUGUCGGUUUACGUGACUUCAAUGUUGGAAAGCUAGGACUACAACUCAUCUAUCCGGGAGAAUCCAUCAACAAACUGGAGGAUUUGUGA